AUCAUUCAGCCAUCAGCACCGUUUCCGCAAAGAACUAACCCACGAAUCCAAAAACCCUAUAAAAUGGCAUUCAAGUUUGUCUUCGCCCUCGCCUUCGUCGCCGUGGCCAGCGCCGGUUAUGCCCCCAUCGCCGCCCCACAGGUGUACCACGCUGCCCCAGCGGUGGCCACCUACGCCCACGCCCCCGUGGCCGUCGCCCAGAAGGUCGUGGUCAAGGCCGCCGAGGAGUACGACCCCCACCCCCAGUACCGCUUCUCCUACGGAGUCGAUGACAAGCUAACCGGUGACAACAAGGGACAGGUGGAGGAGCGCGAUGGAGAUGUGGUACGCGGAGAGUACUCCCUGAUCGACGCUGACGGCUACAAGAGGAUCGUCCAGUACACCGCCGAUCCCAUCAACGGAUUCAACGCCGUUGUCAACCGUGAGCCCCUGGUCAAGGCCGUCGCCGUUGCCCCCGUUGUGAAGACCGUCGCCGCUCCCGUUGCCCAAUACGCCGCCCCUGCUGUCGCCCACUACGCUGCUCCCGCUGUGGUCAAGACCGUGGCUCCAGUUGCCCACUACGCUGCUCCUGCUGUGGUCAAGACUGUGGCCCCAGUGGCUCACUAUGCUGCCCCCGCUGCAUAUGCCACCUAUGCUGCUCCCACCCACUACGCCGCCCCCGCUGUUGCCUACCACCCCUGAGAACUGACAUUCCACAUUGCCCAGCUCUUUAUUGUUAUAGUUUUACGAACGACUUCUAUAUAUAUAAAAAUAUAUUUCACAUUU